ACUCUGGCCCCAGAGUCCGCCCCGGACUUUGGCCCCAGAGUGUCCAUUUCCUGGAUGCCCUCAACUUGGUCUUCCGGGUUCCGGGUUCCGAGUCCCGACGCACAAGUUUCUGAGAGUCUAGGCUGUCGUAGACACAUGACAUUAGUGCACAUGCUUGCCAGAACGGCAGUCCAUCGAUCAUCAGUCCUACUGCGAACCAUGUCGUCAAAAGCAUAUGUCGUGCCCAUUGACCCCAAGAAUCCUGCAGGAAAUGUUGCUCCAGGUGUUGAUCCAGCAACCUUGUGGUCUUCACUUCCUCAGACGCAGAAACCUGCGAAGGUUGGCACGUCCCACCUCUUUUAUGGGACUCCCGUGCUCGAUGUAACUGCACUUGUGUCACUUGGUGAAGGGUUUGACUCCAAAAAUGGUGAUGUAAGACGAGAGAUCGUCCGCAAGGCCGUUGGCAGUGGUGUAAAGAGUGUCAAGGGACUUGGAGAUGGUGUUUCCGAGGCUGUUAUCGAUGGAUCAAUAGAUCCUCAUGCUGCUGCUGUUGCUGCUCACUUGGCGCUAUACAACUUCUCGCUUAAAACGUCACCUCCAUCGGCGUUCGACCCACGGGGCACCUCUGGCGUGCCGAAGAAACUUGAUAUUUCCACGAAUGUCAGCUCUGCUGACUGGGACCGUGGUGUCAUCUAUGCGAAUGCGCAGAACCUUGCAAGAACAUUAAUGGAACUGCCCGCGAAUAUGAUGACUCCUACUGCAUUCUGCGCGCGCGUCCAAGCAGAAUUCAGCGGCAUCCCUAAUGUGGAGAUUAUUGUUCGUGACGAAGCUUGGGCGGCUGAAAAGGGCAUGCGCACUUUCCUCUCGGUAACUCAAGGGACCGAUGAACCAGCCAAGUUCCUCGAGAUUCACUACAAGGGCGCCCCUUCAAAAGACGCACAACCACUUGCUUUCGUGGGCAAGGGCAUCACUUUCGACAGCGGAGGAAUCAGUUUGAAACCUUCAGCAGGCAUGAAACUGAUGCGCGGCGACAUGGGCGGGGCGGCUACAGUCGUUUCGUCUCUACUCGCCAUCGCUCAGCUUCAACUCCCAAUCAAUGUUGUCGCCUUCACUCCGCUUUGUGAGAACUUACCCGGUCCAAAAGCUACCAAGCCAGGCGACAUAAUCUACGCUAUGAAUGGCAAAUCCGUCGAAGUCGACAACACGGAUGCUGAAGGCCGUCUAGUUCUAGCUGACGCGUUGUACUACGCAUCAACCGAGUUCAAGCCGCACACGGUCAUCGACGUUGCCACUCUCACUGGGGCUAUGGAUAUAGCACUGGGCGAGAUCUACACCGGUGUUUUCACGACCUCCGAUGCUCUUUGGAACCGCCUGAAGGUUGCUGGAGAGAGCGAGUACGAUCGCUUCUGGCGCAUGCCCCUCGACGAGGAUUACGGCCCACAGAUCUACUCAUCAAACGCUGAUUUGUGCAACACGGGUGGGAAACCAGCAGGUGCAUGCACUGCUGCACUGUUCCUUAAGGCGUUCGUGGAUGGCAUCGAGGCCACGGAUGGACAAGAGCCCUCUGUCCGAUGGGCUCACCUUGAUAUUGCUGGGACUAUGGAGUUCACGCGCCCAACACCAUACCAAGAGACAGGAAUGACUGGGCGUCCUGUUCGUGCACUGGUAGAAUUUGUCAGAGGUUUCUCGACCCAAGGAUGAGAGAGAUAUCCGCAAAGAUGUGCUACGCUAGGCCUCUAUUUUGCAAGACGUCAAUGACCUUAAUGGUGGAAUCUGUGUGCGCACUGCGAUGGAACAUCUGACCGAAUGAAUACUUGAUUUAUGGCAUCGAUACAUGGUCGUGUAAGAAGUACCAGCUACUAUGUCUAUAAACGGUGCGUUCAACGUAUUUCAGCAAUGCAACGUCGACGGUACUGUGGUACUCCUCCCUCCUGGAGACCGAUUCAUCGAAGAAACCUGGGUGAAUGUUGUCGUUCUCUUUGUCCUCAGGAAAUAGUCGUGGCAGGCAACUGUCUCCCCCAAGUGAUUUCAGAAGUGAGUAUGAGUCGAUCACUCCCGCAUGCAUGCAUA